UCCCACCUCCUUUCUCUCUCUAGCUUUAUCUCUCUCUCGCUUUAUCUCUCUCUCUCUCUCUCUCUAUAGACACACAAAUAUAUAGUUGUUAUAUACGGCUCCUUUCUCUCUCUAAAAAUGGCUGAGAAGCGGCAAAGAGAGGAAAGCCGAGAAGAAACGGAAGGAGAAAUGUCGAAGCGCUGCAAGCCGUACGAUCACAUCCUCUCCAUUCUGGAAGAUGAAGAAGAAGAGGAGCCAAACACGGCCCAACAAGUCGAAGCCGAGUUGGGGAUUUUCACAACUCUUCAACAGGAGAUCUCUUCUUCUUCUUCUUCUUCGUCGGAAUUUUCGUCGGAAUUUGGGGCGGUGCUCGGAGACCCGGCCGGCGAAGUGAGCCCGGAUCCUAGCUCCGCGGAAGAUGACGACAGAAUCGACGUCAUCAGGCACCUUCUGGAAGCGUCUGACGACGAGCUCGGGAUCCCGAAUCUCGGGACGGACGGCGGCGAUAACGCGGACGAGAAUGGGACGGACGGCCAGGAUUUUCCGUUCUCUUUGUGUGAUGAUGGGUUGUGGGAGUUUGAAGAUCAAUCUGCUAACUACUAUUCAUUGCUGCAGUCUGAGCUUUUCAUGUAGUUUUAGCUUGUUAGGUUAACUUUAGGGUUAGGGGUGGAAGUAGAAACUUUGAAAAGAUUUGGGGUGUAAAAUAGGAGAAGAAGAAAGAUUGAGGCGGUACAAAGGAAAAUUGGAAGAGGUUUUUUGUGUUUUUUCUAAUUUGGUCCCUCAUCUUUUCUAUAUGUUUGAAAGGCCUCCUGUAGUGUUGCCUUGUGGGGUUUUAAGCUACUCUGAACUAGAAAAUGAUAUGAGCUACCAUGUUAAUUUUUUUUUUUUUUUU